UGCAGAAUGAAAUCUCAGUCUCUGAGAUUACAAUAUCCUAUAGAAGUGUUCUUAUUUACUCUUAUAAGAGCUUGUGAGCUGCCAUUAUUGAGGACCUUUCUUAACAGCACAUUUCAUACACAAAUAAUAUAAACAAGGACCCUAAGUUACAAAACGUUUCCCUUAUCCUCUCAUUCACCAUUUUUCCCCUGCAAUAUUUUUUCCAUGCACAAGAGUUUCUAAUUCCAAAUGCCUUAGAUAGAUGCAUUUGGCCAGGUGACAGAAAAAACACUUUUUGCUCACAAUUUUUUUCCACUGCAGUUUGAAAUUCCCUCCUGAAUCUCUGUCACAUCACGGCACCAUAAUCUGCAAACUGGGAAUGUUGUCCUCAAAGACACGCACAUCCUCCAACGUCGACGGCACGUUGAGUAUUUUUUGUGUGCCUCUGCUCUGUCCUAUGUCUUGCGCAAAUAAACAAAUAAACAAAAAUAAAAAAGAAAGAAAAAAUUGUAAUAAAUUUUUAUGGGUGGGAUUCAUUUGGCAAAAUACAAUUGUAAUAUAUGAUAUAAUUCCCACAUGUUUGUAUGUUGAUUCAUUGUAUUUAGAACACCACUCUUUAUUUGUUCUGCCACUCUCAGAAGGGGUUCCUCGAUUUUUAACCCCUGGGAGGUCAUGCAUUUCCUUGAACUAACAAAAAUUAUAUUAUUUCAUUACUUUAAAAAUGUCUUGUGUUAGAUUUCUUUGAGAUUCCUUUAUUAUUGCAGUAGUGAGCCCCACAAAGUAUAUUUUUAGGACUAGAGCAGAAAAUGUGGUGAUUUGAAACAGCCUCUCGACUUUCCCUUCAACAGUGUGAUUCAUUGAUAUGAAAGGCUACAAAAUCAUUGAAAAAAGGUCACAUUUCGUUUGCUUGGACUGUUUGUUUUCAUAUUGAUACAAAAUGAAAAACUGCAAACAAUGAAAAAUGUUCUUCCUAAAAUCAGUAGUUGGGUUUGUACAAAAAAAAAACCUCAGAUCGAAAUGAAGUUUUUCCAGUAGAUUUUUAACAUUGUUUUUGCUGUGUUGUGACUGAAUGGGUAACAUACUGUACAGUUACAGAUGCCAAGGAGUUUGAGUGAUCGAUCCAGCUGGUUUAUAAAACCCUGUUUGCGCUACAAAUUCCCCAUAAUAUGAGGUAACCAGUAACGGGGUGACGUGUGGGAGGUUGCAAGCAGGAGCAGGCAUGCAGUCUGCAAUAUCUGAGAGUGUUUGGGAGGGGUGGAUCCCUCAGUUCCCCCUGCACCAGGGCUUGCCAGGUCACAGGCUCAAUUCCUGGGUGGGACACUGCCAUUGUACCCUUGAGCAAGAAGGCGAGCUGGAGACGAAGGUCUGCUGUCCAGAUCGGCAGGUGUCACCAACAGCUCGGAUGGUACCAUGUGGUCAGACAGCACCCUCCUGUACAUCAAGGAGCGGAUAACACACUAUGCUGGAAGCCCCAUGGGAAACCUACCCAACCUACCCACCCUACCCAACCUACCUGAAUGCUGGAAUCUGGUCCCACCAUCGUAUGACAAGGCUGAGUGGCUGGUGUUGGGAUCACUGAUAAUGUUUUCCAUAAACUGCGUAGCAUUGCUUGUGUUUAAAACCAGGAAGCACCAACGGACUGGGAAAGAGCUUGACAAUAAAAUCCUCAAGCUUCACAAUGAGGUGAAUGCCUCAAAAAAAUCUGCUUCUGCAAUGAAUCUUCGUUACAAGGAGCUGAAGGCAUCAUUCCACCAGAUGCAAAAGAAAUCAGCUCUACAGGCGGAAGAGAACCAUAAGACCAUGGAAGCAGAGAGACUGAGGAGCAAGACCAUGAUUCAACACUUGAGGACUGACUUGGCUGCCAAUAUGGACAUCUGUAAGAGAAAAGAGCAGAGGCUGGUAGCCAUGACCCAAAGAUGGGAGAUGAGGGAAGAGGAAUUGGCUGAGCUGGCAGUGAAGAAGCUGUUAGAGAUGGCAGAGCAGUGUAAGAGGAAAGAACGGAAGCUGAGGGCCAUGGCAGAGGUUUGCCAGGAGAAGGAUGACCAGCUGGCAGCCAUGGCUCUCACACUGCAGAUGAAGAAGGAGAAGGUGGCGGACCUGACAAAGCUCUGCCAGGACAAUGAAGAGAACAAGGCCACCUUGCUGAAACUGUGCCACGAGAAGGAUGAGAAACUGGCAGCCUUCUUUGUGGCAUCUGAGCACCAAGAGGCCGUCCUGCAGGAGAAGAUCGCUCAGGAAUUGGCCCAGCAGUUGGAAAUCAACAAACUGAAGGAGAGGCUCUCUGCCCUGGAGGAUGAAGUCAAAGAAAAGGAAAUCCUGCUCAUGGCCCAGAAAGAGGAACAGCAAGAAGCAGCCAUUCUGCAGAAGAAGCUCACAGAGGUCAGCAGUGAGCUGGCUGACCUGAAAAGAUCAGCCGCCAGUUCCUCCCAUAGCCUCCCCACUGCACAGGAGACCAGUCCUGUGAAAGUUGAAUGCAUCGUACACACCACUUCAAAUGGUCAUGGAGAGGAGACUGAUUCAGGAGUUGAGAGGGAAGAAAGUGACCUGGCAGGCUCCAGGCAGCAAACCAUCGCUGAAGAGAAGAAGCCAGUUCAGGAGGUGGGCGGGGCCUGCAGGCGGGAGGAGAGACCCGGUCGAAUCAGGGUGGAGUUUGGCUCUUACCGGCCCAGGAGGGUUUACACCCAGGGGCAGGAGACCACCCAGAGCUCCGGCCAGACGCAGCAUGGUUGGGGCAGAGAGAAUGAUAGUGGAGGAGUGGAGGGUUCUGGCAAAAGAGGCUGGGCUGCAUGGAACCGACGACCGAGACAGCGCUCGAGACCCUGGGAGCAGCACUGUGAUCGCUGAAACGGUUAAGAGUUCAUCAGUGGGUCAUCAAGGGGGAGUUCUGACCCGAAUUAGAGAACAGAACACAGCUGAUGUGUCUUCUGGUCUGAACCCUCCCUUCAUGAUGCCUGCUGUUCACAAGUCCACCUUGUGAACAACAGGGGCGCUGUUGUGCUGCUUGUGUUUUUCUGCCCUCUUUUCCUGUUUCUCGUUCUCUUUUCUGUUUAUCUCACACAGGAUUCCUUGUUGCAUGUGCUCACUAUGAAUGAAUGAGGUGGUACUGGUCGAUAAGGAAAACCCUGUCUCAUUGAGCUGCCAGUCUACCGGCAGACAUUUUGGAGGACAGCCCUGACUGCUGUGUACCCUCAAGAUUUGGACAUUGCAUUGAUGGGAUGGCGCCAAUGUUCUGAUGGGAUUAAAAAAGUCAAAAAAUACUUCAAUAAAGACUACUGUAAUGAAAAGA